GGCGGGAGGGGCUAGGUAAAACUGCCAGCUGGGAAACUGUCGUGAACAGUCGCAGAGCUGGCUCCAGUCUCCUGAACUCCGAUGGUAACUGGAUGGAGAACUUAAUCUGAAUGAAUUCUGCGACGCUUUAAACCCGCACGCGGACAUGAAGUGAACAGAAAGAAAGAAGAAGAACUUCCAUAACCAGAACCCGGGAUGUAACAAAGAGAGGACCAGUAUGCCAAGAAGAGGAACAAAAGAGAUUUCUUGUUGACACACACCUUCGUGUUCCAGUGGACACAACUAACUAGCAGCUAACGCUAGCUAACCUACAUAGCGGCCUCGCCGCCUGCAGUGCGUUCCCUGCCCGUUCACCGCUGGAAAAAGGAUCCCUUCUCGAGUGGAUCUCUCUGAUUGAAUCUUCAUGGCAACAGUGGUUAGCUACUCCCCCCCGGUGUGGGUGAACAUCCUCCACAAACUACCCCACUUCAACUUCAAGUUCGAGCAAACCAGCAGCGAUUUCCAACCGAACGACUGGACCUAUCAACAGUCCAUCGUGCUGCUGGGAGGUGUGGCGCUCGCCUGUCUGGCUCUGGACCUACUAUUCCUGCUCUUCUAUUCCAUCUGUUUGUGCUGCCGGCGGCGCAAAAAUCAGGACGAAUCGAGUGCCGACUGCUGCUGCACGGCGUGGUGCGUCAUCAUCGCGACGCUCGUGUGUAGUGCUGGCAUUGCCGUCGGUUUCUAUGGAAACGGGGAGACUUGUGAUGGAGUGAGUCGGCUGACGUAUUCCCUCCGCCACGCUAAUCGUACAAUCACUGGAGUGCAGAAACUGGUGUACGACGGGACAUCCUCAUUGAACCAGACAGUGGAGGAGAAUCUGCAACAGCUUGAGAGACAGUAUGCGGGGCAUGCUGACUACAUGUCCAUCAUCCAAAAGCUGCAGGGCCAGCUGGAUGAGCUGGUCAAGCAAAUGGGAGAAAUUCCCUUCUGGGAUAACGCCAACGUCUCCUUGGAAGACCUGGCCGUCAACAUUGAGUUGUAUGACUGGUACAGGUGGCUUGGCUACAUAGUCCUACUACUGUUUGACAUCUUAAUCUGCCUUCUGGUGCUGUUUGGCCUCAUUCGCAAUUCUAAGGGAACCCUUAUCGGGGUGUGUUUGUUUGGUGUGGUGGCUCUGAUCGUUAGCUGGGUCUCCUUGGGUCUGGAGCUAGCCGUCUCUGCUAGUUCCAGUGACUUUUGUGCCGCUCCUGACUUGUACAUAACGGAAGUGGUGGACCAGUAUGCCGUCAUGGAUCAAGAAAUCCUACAGUCCUACCUGAGCUGCAGCGCGGAUCAGACCAACCCCUUCCAGCAGAGGCUUUCCGGGAGCCACAAAGCAUUAGUGGAGAUGCAAGACGAUGUGUCUGAGCUGCUGCGUUCCGCCACCAGAGAAUAUAAAGAAACCAGGGGACGCUUGGAGGAGAUCCAGGGGGUCCUGAACACCACGGAGAUCAGCCUUCAUCAGCUCACGGCGCUGGUGGACUGUCGCAGCCUGCACAUGGACUACGUCCAGGCCAUGACGGGGCUUUGCUAUGAUGGCCUGGAGGGCGUCAUCUACCUGGUCUUCUUCUCCUUCGUCACAGCUCUCAUGUUCAGCUCGAUUGUCUGCAGCGUGCCGCACACUUGGCGUGGAAAGAGGAGCGGCGAUGACGACAGCGAGGAGGACUCUCUGAGCCACGGGGGGAGGCAAAACCAUGACAACCUGUACCGCGUUCACAUGCCCAGCCUGUACAGCUGCGGCAGCAGCUACGGCAGCGAGACCUCCAUCCCCGCCACGGCGCACACAGUCAGCAACGCACCUGUCACCGAGUACAUGGCCCAGAACUCCAACUUCCAGAAUUCUCGCUGUGAAAAUACGCCUCUGAUCGGGCGCGAGUCUCCUCCCCCUUCGUACACCUCCAGCAUGCGGGCGAAGUAUUUGGCCAACAGCCGACCAGAUCCCAACAACCCUCCCGCCCAUUAGACGCCACUCAUCCGCUGACGUGUCCGAAGUCCUCCGAUCAUCAGUCCUCUCAUCCCAUCUUCUGCCUCCUUCUAUCCUUUUCCUGUCUCACUUGAUUUGAACCAAAUGUGCUUUCUUGCUGGUCGGUUGGAGCGGAACUUGGAGGACGUCCAUCACCUCUGGAACCAUCAGUUUCUCGACUCUUUUAAGGAUCUGGUGAAUCAUCACUGGUGCUAAGGCGGAGCUGCGAUGGAGCCUGGACUGCACUUUGACACGCCACGUGUGCGGAGGUCAUCCGGCGUGGCGUUGCGGUGGUGAGGACUCUGGAAGCUCUCACAGACUUACACUGGUUGUUCUGUAAAGUACUGUAUCAUACUGCUUGAUUUCUCACUUAGAUGGAGUCCCGGGUUAACUCAGAUUGCUGCCUUUUAGAAACAAAAGCAUAGUUACAAUUGAGUGCAGCACACUAUUGCUCUGAUAUUGGCUUUUAAUGUCUUCAACCAAUGUCUGGGACCAGUUUUAGCGCAUUAUUGCACACCAUUUUUCCUUCCUGCUCUCUGGACAUUUUGAUUUUUUACAUAACCUCUCUCCCACAGCAGUGGAGGUUUGCUAAAGUGUGAUUGUGGCUCACGACCUGAUUUGAUGCAGAUAAAGGAGCUAGCAUCAAACAUUGUAUGACUGUGACAGUUUUUGUUUUAACUGAAUCAAAGCAGCAGGUUCAACAGUAAGAGGCCGAUUUUAUUUCUGCUGUCCUUUUUCUUCAUGUUUGCUUCUACAGGAGGCAGACGGGGACAAAAACCUUCCUCUAGAUUUAUGUAAAAUACAUUUCUAAGAAUAUGCAUUGGCAAUGCGGUGUCUCACAAAUGUGUUUUAGCAUUUAAAUAGAAGUAGAAACAGUGGAUGCUGUGAAGGGAUUGCAACAACUAUAAAAGAAGAAAAAAUAAAUCCUUAAAAAGACGUUUUGCUGUUUAUAAAAGCUAAAGUGGAGUGAGAUGUUUGUACCUCCGCCGCCUCAGCUUGCUUCUCUUAGACGUGCAGGAGGUGAACUGUGCCAACAAGCCAAGCACAACUUCUGACUUUCUUCUUAAACUUGGUGACUUCCGUGGACGAGACUCUUUCAAACUGUUUCCACUUCCUUCAGCUUAACAACACGAUCCAAUUGUUCUUGUUUUUUUCAGGUAGUCUUUUUUUUUUUGUAAUUCUGUACAGAUUCUGAAUAAUUUUCAAAAAGGAAUUAAUUUUGACAGUGAGGUUUUUAACUCGUGAAACGGUAUAAUCCAUUUUAAGCAUUGUUUUUUCCAUUUGAUUUUAUUUGAAACUGUAGCAAAACACAAGGUUUUGCGAAAUUUAAUGUGAAGGUAUCAAUUAAAGGUAAUUUUUUUUUCUUUUCUUGGGAAAAAACACUGUAGAAUUGAUUCUUUUUUUAUAUAUAUAUAAAAAAAUACAUCAUUUUGUAAUGUGUACAUGUAAACUGUGGUUGUAAUGAACUUAAAUGCUGUCUUUUGAAAAUAAAGGAACUUUAACUGGA